AAGAACACAAACAUGUAAACAUAAUAGCCCCGUUACAGUGUGUUUCUUCUGUUUAUAUUAUGUGAUCAUAUUUUCAGCUCUGUAUAGUGUUAUUUAUAAGGCUCUACAUUUAGUUAUAUUGAUUUCAAGGUAAUUACAUCCUGACCUGACUGGGGCUGGUGUUGUUAUAUAAGAAGAGUUCAGCUUUCAGUCACUGCAGCCUGUUCGGUUUUGGUCCUAGACAUCAACAAAAGCCAGAGGGGACAUGGCGUUGAACUGCAGCCCGUGGGUUCUGCUGCCUCCCGUCUACUCCAUCUGCACAGCUGCCGGACUGUGGAUCGCAUACUUUGUGGCUCUUAAAAAUGACAAGAUCCUACCUCUGACUUCAGAGUACAGGAGAAGAAAUGGAUCAUUUUAUGCUCCAUACAUCAGUAACACAGGAAACUUUCCACCAGGCAGCUGCAUCUUCAGCGAGGUCACAAACCUGGCAGCAUUCCUGGGGUCCUUCGUUGCCGUCCUGCGGUUCUUACAGCUGAGACACACCACUAAAGCGUGGCUGAACGUCGUCAGCCUGGUGGCUUUCACCGCUUCGUGCUUGGGGUUGACGCUGGUUGGAAACUUCCAGUUAAUGACUCAGAAGACGGUUCACAAUUUUGGCUCCUUGAUGAUGUUUGGACUGGCAAUUCUUUACUGCUGGGUGCAGUCCUACAUCACUCUGAAGGUGAACCUAAUGAACGAGGGGAAAAUGGCUGCCAUCGUUCGUUUCCUCUUGUCUGGAUCCAUCACUGUCUGCACAGUCAUCUACUUCUCCCUCUUGUCCCAGCGGCUGCACAUGCACGCAGCUCGAUGCCAGUGGGCCUCAGCCAUGCUCCUCCUCACCUUCCUCGGCACUUUUGCUGUCGAGUUUCGACACUGUCACUUCGACGUGAUGUUCACUGAGAAACAUGGGCGUCCUAUCAGCACAUCAGAAAGCCUUGCUGAGGACGCCGGUCAUCUGCCAAACCAACUGUAGGGAGGCUGCCCUCAAUCACAUUUAGUUGCACUGUAUAAAUAUGCUUUUAGGUAUAUUUAGUUAUGCAUGUUGCAUGAAUGUUAUAUUUUCAUUUAGAAAAUUACUUUUGCACUCAUUUUGAAACAUAAUAAAUGUUUCUUUUUUACCCUCAG